GGGAUUGCGACUGAUUGCGAUUUUCGACAGAAAACCAAACCAAACGAAACACGAUCAAAACGAAACGAAACAGAAAAGACCGUGACGAGUCGUGCUGUGCGAACCGCCGCCCGCUGUAUUCUCAGCAGUCUCGCUGUAUUUUCUGGAAUUUGGAGGGCAUCUUGUGAUCUAGGGGACAUUUGAGUGUCGUAUCUCGGACGAAAGGUCGUCAGAACCUUGGACAAUGGACAUCCAGAAGCUCUACUCUGUGGAGUACGCCAAAAGCGGAAGGUCAAAGUGCCGUGGAUGCAACGAAUCCAUCGAGAAAGCAGCCCUGAGAUUCUCCAUUGGGAAGAUCUGGUUCCACAAAGAUUGCUUCUUCAAGUCAAACAAGCCCAAAAAUGUAGAUGACAUUGCCAAUUUUGAAGAUCUGCGUGCUGAUGACCAAGUCUCUGUUCGAGCCCUUGUUGGAGAUCAACUUGCUGAGCACCGUCAGAGAGUUGAAGAUGACGAAGAUCCGUAUGAAAACGUUUAUGAUGAUUACGAAACAUUUGAGGAGUGGAUGGACAAUCAGUCAUCACACAGGCGCAGAGAUAGCAGGAAUGAUGAAUUCUUGGUUGGCCACGCUUCGUCCAAUCGCUCUGCUUGUCGCUACUGCCGCAAUUUCAUUGACAAGAGGGAGGUGAGGAUUGCUAAGAUGGACUACGAUUUCUUGGCCAACUCUUCUUACAACAGAGAUCCAGCUCCCAUUCCACGCUGGUAUCAUGUCAGGUGCUUUGCUCAAAUGAGGAACCAACUCCAAUUCAAAAGAAGUGCUUCGAGCAUCCCUGGAUUCUCUCAACUGCGCCAGGAAGACAGAGACAUGGUCAUGUCUCACCUGCCAAACAAUGUGUGACUUAAUUGGCACCUUAAAAACAGUAAAAUUUUCACAAAAUUAAAAAUUUGCAUAGCUCAUAAACCUCAAUUUCUAAGGAAUGAUUACUCAAGUAUAUAUAGGUAUUAUGCAUUGUUGAUAAACAAUGAAAUAUUUUAAAACUGUAAUAACAGAUUAUGGUGUACUCAAUAAAUAAUGCGCUAAAAAUACAGUGGAAUUUGAGUUUUAGGUAGAAUAGAAAAUUAACUGAAAAUAUGGAAUGCUUACGGGUUUUAAUAUAUUUGGAUUUCUAUUAUUCCGGCAGUGUUUUAAGGAUUGAAAUUUAAACUUUAAAAUUCUAGCUCCUUACAAAAAUAUUUUCUGUUAAAAAAAAAUAAUAAAAUGAAGUAUGGUCUUAUGAAUUAUGAAAUAA